UCACCAUCUUCAUUAUCACCAUCACAACCAUCGUCACCAUCUUCAUUACCAUCACAACCAUCGUCACCAUCUUCAUCAUCACAACCAUCGUCACCA